AUGUUCCGUCCCACAAACACUCCUCGAAAAUCUGCCCAGCAUCCAGCUGGCAGACCCCAAAUUCAUGAGAGUUCGCAGAUUGAUGUGCUACUAGGCGCUGACAUCCUCCCGUCCAUUCUGCUCGGCGGCUCUCACCCUAACAUUUGUGGGACCCUCCUCGGUCAAGAGACCAUUUUCGGUUGGAUCCUGACUGGCCCUGUGUCGGGAUCCAUUUCAAAAUCCAUUUCGUCCUUUUCGGCUCGACUGUCCGUCGAGCGCACUCCGCCAUUGGAGGAACUCCUCUCCAAAUUUUUGGGAGUGGAGGACCUGCCGGCUAGCCCAGCAAAAGAAUCUGACCUUUUUUGUGAGGCUAACUUCAACGCCACGACCGUGCGAACCUCAACGGGUCGCUACAUGGUCACGCUUCCAUUCCGCGAUCCUGGUCACGUUGACCUGGGUCACUCGAGGGCUACCGCUCUCGCUCAGUUCCUGAGAAACGAGAGCCGUUUAAAGAGGAACGACUCUCUGAAGGAACAAUAUGACUCCGUUAUUCGAGAGUAUCUGGAUUUGGGUCACAUGACUCAAGUCCCCCCAUCCAGUUCCGGCAACUAUUAUUUGCCGCAUCACGCUGUUCUCAAGCCCGACAGCACCACCACAAAGCUCCGCGUUGUAUUCAACGCCUCCAGCCCGACUUCAAACGGGAAGAGUCUGAACGACAUCCUCCACACUGGGCCAAUCCUUCAAUCCGACCUGACCAUUCAAAUCCUGAAAUGGAGGUUUUUCAAGUUCGUCUUCAACGCUGACAUCACCAAGAUGUAUCGGCAAAUCCUUGUGGAUCCAACCACACCCGGUUUCAAAGUCACCUUUGGAGUGAACUGUGCUCCGUACCUGGCUAUCCGCGUUCUGCAUCAGCUUGCGAGUGAUGUUCGCGACCGGUACCCCCUUGCUAGUGACAUCAUCGCCAAUUAUAUGUACGUUGAUGACGUCCUAGCAGGAGCUCACACUAAGCAGGCUGCGGUGUCUGCUAUAGAUGAGCUUCGAACAGCGCUCGAGAGUGCUGGGUUCCCUUUGCGUAAGUGGACCUCGAACUCGAAAGAUGUGCUGAGAAGAAUCCCUAAGGAUCACUUGCUCUGUGCAGACUUCCUCGAGAUCGACGAAGCUAGUGUCGCAAAGACGCUAGGCAUUCGUUGGCGGGCCACGUCCGACGAGUUCUUUUUCGUCACCGCCGAGAUGGUGUCCAAACCAUCUUUCAGUAAGAGAGAAGUGCUGUCGCAGAUCGCCAAGUUGUUCGAUCCUGCAGGUUGGCUUGCUCCUGUGGUCAUUUGGGCCAAGAUUUUUAUGCAAGAAAUCUGGAAGCAAGAAAUCGGCUGGGACGACUCCUUACCGGCGGAUCUCACAGAGCAGUGGAUCAGUUUUCUGCGGAACUAUUCGUCCUUGCAGGACAUCCGCAUUCCUAGAUGGACCAACUACGCUCCCGGCGCAAAAAUCCAAUUCCACGGGUUUUGCGACGCCUCUCAAAGCGCGUAUGGAGCCGCUCUUUACGCACGUGUGGAAACAGAUUCCACUAUCGUUCUGGCAUGGUUGGACAAGCAGUCAUGCAAGUGGACCACUUUCGUGGCGAACCGAGUGGCCAAGAUUCACUCGGUGAAUGGCACUUGGCAGCAUGUUCGUUCCGAACACAAUCCAGCCGACCUGGCAAGCCGCGGUGUCUCGCCGCAAGAGCUACUGGGCAGUCGCCUUUGGUGGCAGGGGCCCGAAUGGCUGACGCACUCACCAGCGCAGUGGCCUUCACCGGUCAUUGGGCUCGAUACUGAAUUGGAGUGUCGAGCGGUGAAGGUCCAUGCAGCGCAAGUCCUAUGUGAGGACUUCCUCGACCGUUUCUCCAGGUUCGAUCGAGCGCUCCGAGUGUUUGCGUAUGUGCGAAGGUUUGCCCAGCGUUGCCGCCAACCCAAGGUCUCGUUUCCAGAGACGCUCAGCUCUCAAGAGCUUGCAGAAGCUCAAGAGAGGCUGAUUGUACAGGCUCAGAAUCGGGUAUACGCGAAAGAGUGUGCUUCCCUCCGGUCCCAUAAUCGUCUAAUCGGGUCAAGCGAUAUCCUAAGCUUGAAUCCGUUCCUUGACAAGCAAGGUGUCCUGCGUUCGUGUGGACGCGUAAGAGCGUCCACCUCCUUAUCCUACGACGAACGGCAUCCAAUAAUUCUCCCGUUCGGCUGCGUGUUCUCACGCCUCCUGGUUUCCUUCACGCAUCAAGUCUCCCUCCAUGGAGGCAACCAAUUGGUGAUGCGGCUGGUCCGAACCAAGUUCUGGAUUCCCAAGCUAAGGAACUUGGUGAAGACAGUGAUUAGUGCAUGCAAGACCUGUGUGAUUCAUCGCCGCAAGCUCCAGUCGCAGUUGAUGGGUGAUCUCCCAAGCGCCCGGUCGACUUUUUCGCGACCUUUCACUAACUCCGGAGUAGACUUCGCCGGUCCCUUCGACGUCAAGAGCUACGUCGGACGGGGCUGCAAGAUUACGAAGGGUUACGUAUGUGUCUUCGUGUGCUUCAGCACGAAGGCAAUCCAUCUUGAGGCGACCACGGAUCUGACAGCGGAAAAGUUCUUGGAAGCUUUCUCCCGAUUCGUGGCACGGCGCGGGUGCCCUCUCCACAUGUACUCUGACAACGGGAAAACGUUCGUCGGAGCCUCCUCCAUUCUCUCCAAAGAAUUUGUGGAGAGCACCCGCAACCUGAUUGUCACCACUCACAGCCAUCAAGCGGGCGUCAAGAGCUUCAAGACGCAUUUCUACAAGACGGUUUCCUCCGUAAAACAUACGUUCGAGGAGCUUUCCACCCUCCUGUCUAAAAUUGAAGCGUGCCUCAAUUCGCGGCCUUUGACUCCUAUGUCAGAGGAUGUGAGCGACUUGGCGGCACUUACUCCCGGUCAUUUCCUGAUCGGGGGUCCGCUACUCUCCAUGGCGGAGCCAGAGUCCAGAGAGGAUGUGGAGUCCAUCCGCAACCGCUGGCAACGGCUCAAGGCUCUCCAUCAGCAUUUCUGUGUGCGAUGGAAGAGUGAAUAUUUGAAGGAAUUGCAUAAGCGGAAUAAGUGGCAGUCACCUUCACGCGAUCUCCAAAUCGGCGACAUGGUGGUCAUCAGAGAGGAGAAUAUACCACCUCAAGAAUGGCGCCUCGGGCUUUACCAUGGCGUCCUCCAGAAGAUCAUCCUGCACCCUGUCCGACGGAGUGAGCUUGCGAGGGCUCUUCUCGCCAGCGCGCUCCCUUUCGCCUCCGAUUGCCGGCUCUCCGCCGAGGCAAGUCGCCCCGAUGGAGUCCGAGCCCUCUCCAGCACCGGUGGCACUGGUUACUCCGCGUGGAGUUUCCGUGCCUCGCCGGGCCCCCCCUCAGCGGGCACUCCGGGGGCACUUGCCGCAGCGGUGGACGGUGCAGGCAUUGUGGUAAGGACCACCACUCCAUGCUGCACAUGCGAGACCCUAAACCCAAGCAGCGGUUGGCGCGACGACCGAGGGGCCGACGCGACCACCCGGCACCACACCAGAGGAGGACCAUCGUCAUCCCGGAUGGACCGGCCCACUUCCCCACACACCAGGCCCGUGCCUAGCCCCGCCUUGUCAUUGACGGCACUACUCCAGUGCAAGGGAGUCAGUAUUCUCCCCACCGCGGCGGUCUGGCUAGUCACGGGGAAGACGGCCUUCGAGGCGCGAGUGCUCAUUGAUCCGUGCUGUCCUGUAAGCCGCAUCAGCGAGUCGAUGGCAGUGGCCAUGGGCCUCUCUAUCACUCGCGUGGGCGCAGAAGGAGUGUGCACGGCAACGUUGCGCUCCAAGACGUCACCCAUGAGCCGGGAGGUCGUCUUCAAAACUGAUCCGCAGCUCCAUACAACGACGCCCGCCAGGACUGUCACUCCAGCCGGGCCCAGUUCUUUCAGUAACCUCGUGUUGGCUGACAAGGACUGGUUCCGCUCGGCAUCGAUCUCGGCAGUCUUGGGGGCUGAUGUUUACCCUGAUGUCGUGCUACCGGGUAUCCUCCCGGGCCAAGGCGGACUGCCUAUGGCGCAGAAUUCCACGCUGGGCUGGAUUCUGUCCGGCACGUGCUACUAG